ACUUGCUUAUGUCAAUCACGGUGAAAAAGAAACGUGACGCCACCUACUGGCGUGCUAAAGGAUCAGCGAGUGAAUCUGAACGAAUCUGUUUGGUCAAUGAUUCAAAAUGGGCUGAUAUGUUCUCUGCACCUGGAUGUAAUGGUGUCCCAAAUCAUGCCUUCUCCCACCCUUUUGUACAGGCUGUGGGAAUGUUUUUGGGGGAGCUGUCCUGUCUGGUGGUGUUCCACAUUCUCCUUUGUCAUGAUCGGCGCAAACCUGAGCCCACGAUGGAUCCGGGCCAAAGUUUCAACCCCCUACUUUUCCUCCCUCCUGCCCUUUGUGACAUGUUGGGAACUUCCAUCAUGUAUGUUGCACUGAACAUGACCAGCGCCUCUAGUUUCCAGAUGCUGCGAGGAGCUGUGAUCAUCUUCACUGGACUGUUGUCUGUAGCAUUCUUAGGACGGCGACUGCAGCCCAGCCAGUGGAUUGGGAUCCUAGUCACCAUCAUCGGUCUGGUGGUGGUUGGCCUGGCUGACCUUCUGAGUGGCCAUGGGAACGACUCCCAUAAGCUCAGUGAGGUUAUCACAGGGGACCUUUUGAUCAUCAUGGCGCAGAUUAUUGUUGCAGUCCAGAUGGUCCUGGAGGAGAAGUUUGUUUACAAGCACAAUGUGCAUCCACUGAAGGCUGUUGGGACUGAAGGUUUUUUUGGAUUUUUCAUCCUCUCUUUGCUCCUCAUCCCAAUGUUCUUCAUCCAUGUGGGAAGUUUUGCAGACAACCCACGGCAGGUCCUUGAAGACGCAUUGGACGCCUUCUGUCAGAUUGGUCAUAAGCCUCUCAUUUUACUGGCAUUGCUGGGCAACACGGUGAGCAUUGCCUUCUUUAACUUCGCUGGCAUCAGCGUCACCAAGGAAAUAAGUGCCACUACUCGCAUGGUGCUGGACAGUCUGCGUACUGUGGUCAACGCACUGUACAAUGGACUCCACAAGCCCUUGAUGGCCAAACUGCCCUGCUUCCCUGGAGAGCAGAGAGCAGAGGAGGAAGAAGCCCCAGAGAGAGAGAGGCUGCUUGGUGGAGGAAGAGCUGCAAACGAGAGCUAA